UCACGAUUGAAAUCCACUAUACUCGGUAACAACCGCUCAAAACUACAUGUUUAUAUUUCUUUCACUGAUACACGUAUUUCAAUUCUAAUUUUUCUACUGCUAUCAAGAUUUAAAGAAAACAUACGGCUUAUGCAAAAAAUGGCUACUCACAUUGAUUUCAUCAAGGAUGUAACAAUUUCGAAGAUGCAAUGCAAGUUGAAAGUUCGGGUUGUCCGUCUGCGGGAAGUACCAAAUCGUUUUAAUUCAGACACUACAUUCUCGAUUGAAUUGGUUCUACAAGAUGAAAAGAUGUGAUCGGAGAAAUCGUCGGUUUUAGUGAAGUACACAUGCACAAACAAGGUGAAAUUUCUAGGAAGUUUAUGGAUAUUGAACUACAAGAUAAUGAGAGGAAGAAGUUGUCUGCUACAUUCUGGGGCGAGUUUAUUGAUGAAAUUAUACCUCACAUGCUAAGUUCUAACAACCAGCCUAUUAUUGUUGUGAUGCAGCUCAUAAAAGCCUAUAAAUUUUAAGGCAGAAUACAAUUAUUCAAUUUGACAUUACUGUGUGAAAGUUAUUCAUUAUGUCUUACACGUACGUUGUUUUGUAGAUUCAAAUUCUGUGCGCAAUACUUGGAAUGCAUCAAAGCUGUGGAUUAAUCCAAAUUUUCCUCAAUCUGAUGAGUUUAAAACACGGUUCAAUAUAUACAUUUAUAUAAAAUAAAAAAAUUCACUGCAUCUAGACUCAAAUAAAUUUUUCCAACUAUACAUCUAACUGUUUUAGUCAUUCAUAAAUACAGAUUACUUUCUGUUCGGGAUAAUUACUCUGAGAGGCUGACUCAAACCAUUUCUCAACAAAGUUACUCUGUCGCGGAUGAAUUAGAGAAAGGCAUUGUUCAAGUUAAAACAAUUGGCCAAUUAGUGGAGUCCAUGCAAGAAGGUCCCUGUUGGAUUAUUGCAAGUAUUGAAAAUUUAGAUCUUGAAAAAGGGUGAUCGUAUGUCGGCUGUAAGAAGUGUCAAAAGAAGGUGGAUAAAGUGGGAAACAUUUAUCUUUGCCCAAACCAAAAAUGUAAAAAUGAAGAUUACUCGGCGGUGAAAAGGUACAGGCUUCAGGAUACAACUGGAUCUGUUUCGUUGUUGCUCUGGGACCGCGAAGCCAUGUUUCUCAUAGGCAAGUCCGCAAAUGAAUUGAAGGAAGUAUUACGUGAGAAUACUGGCGCUGUUGAUAAGUGUUCUUAUCCAGUGGACUUGAACAAUAUUCUUGAGAGGAAAUUCAUGUUUAAGGUUAUUAUCAAGAGGUUGAACAUUCAAUUGCAAGGUGAAGUUUACAGUGUUGUUAAGCUUACAAAUGACGAGCAAUUGAUAAACAAAUAUAGUCCUGCUCCACAUUCAGAUGCCUUCAAUGACCCUGACUUCAAUACUAACCAAAGCUUAGAUGGAGAGAAGGAAUGCGAGGAUUCCACUGAAGAUAACGACUUAAUCGAUAUUGCAAAUACACCUGCCAAGAUAGGUGUAACUAAUGCCGCAACAAUGGUUGAAGAAGAUCCGAAUGCACAGUUGUCGGGAAAUAAAAUCAAGAGAGUAUUUAAGAAGAAGAAAACAUCAUAAGGUGUUAAUGUAACAGUUGGAGAAUCCAAGAACUGUUUGAUUAGUUACUUUAGUAUAUUAUUAGUAGUCUUAUUAGUUAUGAACAGUAUAUUUGAAUCAUUUCACCUUUCUUCUCCUGUUUAACUUUUCAGUUUUACUUAAUGUGGAGA